UUUUAUGUUGAUCUUUCUAAACAGACAGAGUGUGAGACAUCGGUCUAUUCACAGGAUACUUUCAACCACCUUCAAACAGAAGUCGAAAUUGCGGUGGUAAGGCAGGGUGAUAGCUCUCUUGGCAUGUUCAGCCUCGUUUGAUUAGUCCUGUGCUUCAAGAUGUGGUCAAACAUGAGAACUCUGAUCUGGCUCUUUCUGGUUCCAUGCCUGUUAAAAACAACAGCUCUACUGAUUUCACAAUGCACUUUGCAGAAGGAUUUUUUAGAGUCACUGAGACCUCAAGAUUUAUUUUAUUAUUUUGAUACUAUUUCCAUUAAAUCAGUGCCUCACUUUGAGCUGGUGUGGGUGAAUUGCUCAAGGAAUGAGUCUUUCAGAGGGCUAUGGAGGUGCUUGUUUCACAGCGAUGGUGAGAGCUUUGAGCUGGGUCAACACACAGAUGAACAACACGUGUCCUGUCCCAUGAGUCUGGAGACGGUGAUCAACUCAACCGUCAGCGUGGUGAAGAAAAGGGAGGAUAUGUGCUGCGAGCAGCUGAAGUUACUGAGACCAGCGCAUACAAGGACUCUUCUCCCCAUCUGCCAAGGCAAAUUACAAGGUCUGAUUCAGUCAGGGGAGAGGAGGCUGAAUAUUCGGCCGGUGCUUCAAAAACACAUAGACCAUCUGAAGGAGCUUACUAUGGAUUUCCCUUCUGGUGUACCUCACCUGCUAUUAACCCACACAUUACCAGUGAGGACACGUCUUAAACAGCCUAAGAGUCAGUUCAGGUUACGGAGGACACCUCUGGGGUCAGAGGUCACACAUCUGGAGCUAGCAGUGGUGGUGGGUCCAGAUGUCUAUGAUGUUCAUAGGCAAGACACUGAGAGAUACAUCCUAACCAACCUCAACAUCGCCUCUGAGCUUCUUAGAGAUGUUACUCUCGGUGCCAAUAUAAGAGUUCAUCUCGUCCGUAUGGUCAUUCUCACAGAGCCAGAGCCAGACAUCCAGAUCUCCGAAAACAUCACCUCUUCACUAAAAAGUGUGUGCGAGUGGGGUCAGAAGGUCAACCCUUAUGCUGACACUGACCCUUUACAUGCCGAUCUGCUGUUAUACAUUACCAGGUUUGAUCUGGUGUUACCCAAUGGGAAUAAGCUUGUGAGAGGUGUGACCCAGCUGGGCGGAGUCUGCUCCUCUCAGUGGAACUGUGUGAUUACAGAGGAUACAGGCUUUGAUCUGGGCAUCACCAUCGCUCAUGAGAUUGGUCACAGUUUUGGCAUAAAUCAUGAUGGAAUAGACAACACAUGCAGCUCCAGUGGGUUUAUGAUGGCAUCUGAUGGGGGAUAUAACAGUGUUGAUCUCACAUGGUCCCAGUGCAGCAGAGCUCAGCUCCACAACUUCUUCAGUGCUGGGAAGGCGGAGUGUGUGAAGGACGUGCCGAUACUGGGUGGUUCAGUGCAGGACUGGAGGCCUGGUCUCUUCUACGGAGUGGAUGAUCAGUGUCGUAUAGCGUUUGGCAGCUCGGCUACUGCUUGCUCUUUCACUAAUGGUGAUAUGGCAACCUGUCGUGUUUUGUCCUGCCAUAUCAACCCUCGUGACCGUAGCUCAUGUACUCGUCUCCUUGUUCCACUUUUGGACGGGACGGAGUGUGGGCCCAGUCAGUGGUGUUCAAAGGGCCGGUGUGUGUCUCCUUCUACUUUGGGUUCCUCCAUGAUGGUUCACGGUUCAUGGUCUUCAUGGUCUGAAUUUUCUGUCUGCUCAAGAACAUGCGGAGGAGGCAUCACUUACCGCAGGAGACAGUGCAACAACCCCAGGCCAGCCUUUGGUGGUACCUUGUGUAAAGGACAGGACACAGAAGCUGAACUUUGUAAUCAGCAGCCCUGUGAGUCGACUCAGCUGGAGUUCAUGUCUCAGCAGUGCUCAGCCACAGACCAGCAGCCUCUGUUAGUGUCUCCAGGCUCCAGCUCAGUCUACACCUGGAUCCCUGCUGUCGGCCACAGCUCAGGUGAUGCUCAGUGUAAACUGAUGUGUCGCUCUCGUGAGCAGGACUUCAUGGUGAGUCGUGGGUCUCAGUUCAUCGAUGGGACACGGUGUAAAGCUGCUCAUCCUGUAUCACGUGGUUCCAUUUCUGCCUGUCUGGGUGGAAAGUGUCAGCUGUUUGGCUGUGAUGGAAUAAUGCAUUCUGGGAAGGUGGAAGAUGUGUGUGGAGUGUGUGGGGGCAAUGGCUCCUCCUGUCAGCUCAACUCAAACACAUAUUCAGGCGGAGAAGCCGGAGAGUAUGUCACAUUCGUCAGGCUUCCUCUGAACGCCUCUCAGGUUCAUGUGAUUAACACAAAGCCAGUUUUUACACAUCUUGCGGUGCUGUUAAAUGAUAAAUAUGUGGUGUCUGGAGAUGGAAGCCCAGGCUUGAGCAUCACAUACCCCUCACCUCUGGAGAAGAGCCCCAUAAUCUAUAACCUGUUCCUCACACCGGACCACCUGCCUCAAAAUGAGGAGCUCACGAUCUCUGGACCAAUCACAGACAAAAUCCACAUACAGGUGUUUCGGAAAUACGGGCAAGAGUAUGGAGACCUUACCACCCCAAACAUCUCAUACCAGUACUACUCUUCUGAAGCUGUUUCAGUGGAGAGAGCUGCUGAAGGCAGAUGGUCCUCUGUCAUAUCUGCCUGCUCAGUGACCUGCGGCACAGGCAUUCAGAGAAUCAGUCAGCACUGUGUGGAUGUGCUCACACACAAGCGUCUGGAAGAUGAGCUCUGUAGGAGUCCACCCCCUCAAUCACUAGAUCAGCUGCUGCCCUGUUUCCAGCCCGACUGUCCACCCAGCUGGGAUGUCGGUGAGUUUGGGCCCUGCAGCGCCCCCUGUGGCGUGGGAGAGCGAGUGCGCUCUGUCACAUGUGUUCAGAAGCAGGGUACGGUGAAAGUGGAGCUGCCUGACUCAGACUGUACGCUUGACUCGAAACCCCAAACCACUGAGACCUGCAACCCCCAAAUCUGUCCUGCCAGAUGGCAGGUGUCGGAGCCUGCCGAGUGUUCGGCUGUGUGUGGACCCGGCGAGGCUCAGAGAACGGUGUCGUGUGUCCGCUCCCAUCAUGGAUCUGACUCUGAGGUUAACCAAAACCUGUGCUCUGAACCCAAACCCACAGAACACGUUCCCUGUGUGGUGGACAUUUGUCCUGUCGGCUGGGAUUCCCGAAGAGAGCUGAUCCGUACAGACACCCACAUAAUGCCCCGCUCCAGAAUGGUACCAGUUUAUGUUUGGAGUCCCGUGAUUGGCCAGUGCUCAAAGACCUGUGGGAAUGGAUCACAGCAGGUUUGGUUCUCCUGUGUGGAUCACCAAUCACGUCUAGAAGUCCCAGAGUUCCUUUGUGAUCGUACCAGUAAACCAGAGAUGUACGCCCAGCCCUGUAGCCUAUCAAUAUGUCCUGCUACGUGGCGCUACAUACAGGGCCCGUGCAGCGUGUCUUGUGGAGGAGGUGUAGCGAAGAGAGUCCUGUACUGUUCCCAGAUGAUGCAAGGAGGAGACGGAAACACGGAUCUGGUGGUGGGAGAAUCUGCUUGUCAGUCUGUAGCCAGACCUUCAGAGGUGGUGGAGUGUAACACUGAAGCCUGUCCUGCCAGGUGGCAGGCGGGAGAGCAGUCUGUCUGUUCGGUGUCUUGCGGGAUGGGUGUAGCUGUGAGGAGUGUGCGCUGUGUUCAGUCUGAAGGAGGUGUAGAGAGGGUCGUGGAGAAGGAGCGGUGUGACCCAGGAAACAAGCCUCCUGUCACUGCACCAUGCUUCACACAAGUCUGUUCUUUCCACUGGGAUGUGCAUGAAUGGAGUGAGUGCUCAGUGUCAUGUGGUGAUGGGAUCCAGUCUCGGACCGUGUCCUGCAUGGGCCCAUCCAGUCCUCAUCCUGUCAGUCCCUUUCUUUGCCUCCACUUGCCAAAACCCAUCACCAUCCAGGCCUGUUAUAGCCCUGACUGUUCCUCAGCUCAGACCUCCACACCGGAGCCCAGCAGCACUCACAUGCAGUCAGAGCCCUGGAGAGGAGAGGGGACAUGGAGAACCACACCAGCUCCAGAUGUGAUGAAAAGUACCAUGAGCUCAACAACAGACCCACCACAGACCAGUUUCUGUGGGCAACUCCUGCUUCAAGACUCAGGAACUAUCGAUCUGCGCAACAUCACUCAGGCGAGGUGUAUAUUUGCUAUUGGCCGACCUCUCGAUGAGGUUAUUCAGAUCAAAAUCAUAUCCAGCACUCUUAACUGCCGGCAGAAGGAGAACAUCGCCCUAUAUGACAGACGCAUCCUGAUGCGUCUCUGUGAGAGGAUGACCAGUAAAACACUGAAAUCAAGAUCAAAUGUGCUACUGGUGCGUCAGAGCCGCCUGACCCCUGGCAAUGGAGUGCUGCUAUUUUAUCAGAGCAUAAAGAACAAAAAAAGCCACUAUGGAGAGUGUGACGUUCAGCUGUUCUCUCCGUCUGGACUCAUUGAGAAUCCCAUCAAGAGCGCAGCCACCUCUUACACUCAGCGCUGUCGUGUGUUCAUCGAUGCUCCGCCUGCUUUCAGGAUUCAGAUCAGAGCGCUUUCUGUGCUCAACAACACUGAUACAAACUCCACUUAUAUACUGAUUCGGGAUGUGGAUGCCUUAAAGACGACCAUCUUCAGAGGGACUCGGCUCUUCCUGUGGAGCUCGUCAGGAAGCAGGGCUGAGGUUGAAUUCCAUGGGAAGUACCAGCAAAUCAAGGGCAUGUUCAGGGCAGAGUAUUCAUACAUUAACCCUUUUGAGGAGCAACCAGUGUAGUCUGAAAGAGAGCUUCUGGUCCAUAAAGAGCCUUGGAGCAUUAAAAAUCA